AUGCGUGCACAUUCCGAUCAGUCCAACACGCAAAGACGAACGAAACGCACGCGAGGUUCCGACCUUUCAGAGGUUUUUCCACACGUGGCUGUUGCCGCUCAGACCCGGAGGAAUGACCACAACCAGAAAUUGACCUCCGUUGAUCUGCGAGCUCUGUCCACCUCCAUCACGACGACCAUUUCACAAGCGAUACAACGAGCGUUGGGAACCGGAGGGACCCACAGCACAGACCCACAAGACCCCAGAGCACCUUCAAUUCUUCCUGUUGAAAGUGAUGGGGAGCGUUCCUCCAGCGGGGCCAUUCAAGGGGAAAUCGCAGCUAUCACCCAAGGUACACAGCCUCAGAGUUCCCCUCGGGAGCCAUUCUCAAGCAUAGCCAUAGCUCUCGGCUCUAGAGUCAACCCAAAAAUCAAAGCAAAAAUUUGGGGUAAUAAAUAUGUUGAUUUUGGCGGGUUACUUUCAUUGUCCCCAAAUAUCGAUCGUUAUUCCCUGUCCUUAACGCCCUCAAGUACGUCGUCUAAUCAGCCGCAGUUGACACUACAACCUAGCCAGCCACCUAAGAGGAUUCAUAACCUCAAUCAGUGGUUAUCAGCUUCUAAUACUUUUGUCGCCAUUUACAAGGAGAAAUAUCCUUUGGAGGCUCCUAAGCUAAUGAAAUACUGUGAGGUCGUGAGGGACAUUGCGUCUAAACCUGGCGACUGGUCAUUUUAUGACGAACAGUUUCGUUUCGUAAGACAGUCAGCUCCGGAACAAUACCCCUGGGAUACUAUUCAUUGGGAACUAUGGUUAAGGGCAGUGACAACUUUUCGUGCUCGACCCCAGGUCUCUUCUAAUAAGGCCUCCACGUGCUCUCGGAACCGCCGGUCGUUUCCGAAGGGAACGUGUUGGGCAUUUCACGCCGGGAUAUUUUGUGGUGGGUGCUGCUUGGACCACGUUUGUUUCAAAUGUGGCUUACCCCAUCCCUCAAGUCAAUGUUCAACCCCUAGUUCGCAACGCGCCCCUCUUGCUCACCCCGGAGCCAAAAGAGCCCACCCCCCUGCUCAGCAGUCCGGUCACCCCCGUAAGGGUGGACAGGCUUGA